CCUCUGGUAGCAUCGCCUUCGUAUCGACCAUCGUUGCUACAGGAACCUCCUCCUCUCUUCUUCGGUGUCGCCCGCGUCAUGGUGGCAUCGACGCUGCUGGCUGUCAGCUCCUUGAAUCUCGCAGCACCACGCAUAGCAUCCCGGUCACACCAUUACCUCUCCGGUUACCAGCAACAUACCCGGCCACUCUUGUCAUGCCCAACUUCACAUCGCUGUCCCUUCUCGACGACAAGAGCGACACAGCCACUUAGAUCUGCAUCGAAUGCAAGCAUAUACAAGAAACACAAGUCGAGGACUACCACUGCCUCGGCGCAUGUCGCACUCCCCUCCCACAUCCCCUCUCGUCCAGACCUAAUCACAAGAUCAUACCGCUCGCUAGCAGAACAAGACGACCCACAUUCCACCGUCUCUCAAUCAGCAUCAUCGAAGGGCGGCAAGCCAGAUGGAGCCACAUUGCGUACUAAGCAAGAGCCAGGAGCAGCAGGAGCAGCAGCAGAGGCAGUCACCACUCCCAAGUCUCCUGCUGCCAAGAAGGACAACUCCGGGGAGGAUCCGCUCAAGCUCUCCACACUUGAUGACAAGACGGUGAAACAACAGCGAGAGACGGAUUGGAAGAUAGUCAAAAGACUCAUUGGCCACAUCUGGCCCAAAGAUGAGAGGGGAGCAAAGAUUAGGGUAGUCCUCGCGCUCAGUCUCCUCAUCGGUGGAAAGCUGCUCAACGUUCAAGUUCCGUUCUUCUUCAAGAGCAUCAUCGACAAUCUGAACAGCGGCUUGGCAGAGCCACUGGACAUGGCUAACCCUGCCACGGCUUGGGUCAUAGCUGGCUCGGCCAUCCUCGGAUAUGGUCUGGCUCGUAUCGGAGCGUCGCUCUUCUCUGAGCUGCGAAAUGCCGUCUUCGCGUCCGUUGCUCAACGAUCCAUUCGACGGGUAGCGCGGUCGGUCUUUACACACCUCCUGCGUCUCGACCUUGGGUGGCACCUCUCCCGCCAGACGGGUGGUCUCACAAGAGCCAUCGAUCGAGGAACCAAGGGUAUCUCUUUCCUGCUUACCUCGAUUGUCUUCCACAUCAUCCCCACUGCCCUCGAGAUCUCCAUGGUCUGUGGAAUCCUCUCCUACAAGUGUGGUCCAACUUUCGCAACAGUGACCGUCAUCACAAUGGCAGGCUACUCCUGGUUCACAAUCAAGACGACCUCUUGGCGGACGCGCUUCCGUAAGGAAGCGAACGCUGCCGACAAUAGAGGAGCGACGACGAGCGUCGACUCGCUGCUGAAUUACGAAGCGGUAAAGUACUUUAACAAUGAGGCAUACGAGAUCAAGAAAUACGACAAGGCACUGGAAGAGUAUGAAAAGGCCAGCGUCAAAGUUGCCACGAGUCUUUCCGCCCUCAACAGCGGUCAGAGCGUCAUCUUCUCGAGCAGUCUGACGCUGAUGAUGUUCAUGGCUGCCCAGGGAGUCAUGGCAGGGACAAUGACGGUCGGUGACCUUGUCCUUGUGAACCAGCUGGUCUUCCAGCUCUCUCUUCCUCUCAAUUUCCUGGGCACAGUGUAUAGAGAGUUGCGUCAAUCUCUGAUCGACAUGGAGACGAUGUUCAACCUCGAAAACGUGCCCGUGGCAGUCAAAGACGACCCCAACGCUCCCGAUCUGCAGGUGACCAAUGGCGGUGAAAUCGUCUUUGAGAACGUUACCUUCGGCUACCAUCCCGAUCGACCCAUCUUCAAGAAUUGCAGCUUCACCAUCCCAGCUGGGCUCAAGACGGCCUUUGUAGGCCCGUCAGGAUGUGGUAAAUCCACCAUCUUCCGACUGCUGUUCCGCUUUUACACUCCACAGAGUGGCCGCAUCCUCAUUGAUGGACAAGACAUCACGAAGGUUUCGCUAGUGUCCCUUCGCAAAGCCAUCGGUGUCGUCCCGCAGGACACACCGCUGUUCAAUGACGAUAUCCGGCACAACAUCAGGUAUGGACGUCUAGACGCCACCGAUGCAGAAGUCGAAGAGGCAGCUCGUCGCGCCAAGCUCGACACCAUCCUCCGUUCCCUCCCCGAAGGGUACGAGACAAAAGUCGGCGAGCGCGGUCUGAUGAUCUCAGGUGGGGAGAAGCAACGACUGGCCAUUGCCCGCCUACUCCUCAAGGAUCCCGAAAUCCUCUUCCUCGAUGAAGCCACCUCUGCCCUCGAUACUUUCACCGAGACGGAAUUGAUGAAGGACCUCAAUGCCUCGCUCCUACAGAGUAAACGUACAGCCAUCUUUGUAGCGCACAGACUACGAACCGUCUCCGAUGCAGACUUGAUCAUCGUCCUUGGCAUUGGAGGCAAAGUGGCGCAACAAGGUCGGCAUGAGGAUUUGCUGGAGGAAGGGGGACUUUAUAGAGAUCUGUGGGAUAGUCAGAAUAAAGCAAUGACGCAGAGCAGACCCGGGGGACAGCUAGGGGCGGAGGAGGAGCAGAGGCAAAUUGAUGCUGAGGGGGUGAUACCUCCUGGACCUCAGUGAUUGUGAGCGCAACAGCCAAUGCAUACAUCCUAUAGAAGCGUGACGGUGAUGUGCUUAUAUGCAAGGCGACUGUAUCUACAUCUGUCCAUUCGCUUGACGGGCGGCCGUCUUCUAC